AUGCCUCCGGACUCCCAGAAUUAUACAAGGGAUAGGGGCUUCUUGGAUCUCCUCUCUAUCAGAUCUACAUCAUAUUUGCUCCGGCAGCCAGACCAUUACACCACUCAGCAAAAGAAAGCAGAUAGAGAACGAGGAUGCACAGAGGAUCAGAUAUCAGCAAUUGGAAGCAUCUUGAAAUAUGAUCCAAAGGAGUGGUACGACAUCCUCGCGGUGUCCGAUACAUGUACAACAGAGGAGGUAAACCAGGCCUAUGAAGAGAAAUCACUUGCCGUUCACCCCAAAAAAAACCCCUCUUCGGAAGCCUAUAGGGCAUUUCAAAGUAAGUAUGUCAAUUAUAUCACCUCUAUGUUAAAGCUAAUGUGACAAGUUGUUGAAAACGCUGCAAAUGCGCUGAGACAUGGAGACGAAUACAAAGGAGAGGAUGCUACCAAUAGCGAGAGAAGCAAAGGUUCUAGGGCGAUCAAAACUCAGGAACGCGCGAUGACGACUCUAUUUCAAAAGGAAAUCUACAAGUUAGCAACACCGUAUAUGGAAGCCCUCAUAGAGAACCCCUGGCUUGGGAAUUGGAAGGAGCUAGACCAACUAAACGAUCACAUCAAGCGGCAGAAUGAGAGAGAUGGCAAAGAGGGAGUUGACAAGUUUCAGGGAACUAUCGAUUACCAUACUCAUGUGGCCAUGUUUAAGCUUGUUGAUGAGUACAAAAAGCUCAUUAAAAAGACACCUACGACUCCCACCGAGAGAAGAAACCAAGCUAUGGCGGAAGAGAAGCUUCCUCAAAUCUGGCAAUCCCUGGACGUAACAAAUACAGCGAGAGGUUAUCCCCAAAGUUGGAACACCUCUCAGCCAGAAACUCUCGGUCUUCCAGGCUCAGUUACCACGGCUGGCCCCUGUAAAUCGACUAUGAGCCAUAUUCUACCCAGGUAUGAAAAACCGGCAGAGGGAUAUAUGGCUAAGGUGAUGAGGAAUGUUCCAUACCAAGAGGUUCCCAGUUUCGGCAACGUGCGACCCAACCUAAUAAAGACCGAGCCUCUUGAGGAGACCAAGGUAAUCAAUACAGGCCCAGCACAGGAUAUAGACAUGGUUUCAACUCAUGCUCUAGCUAAGCAACUAAAUAACGAGGUUGAAGGCUUAAAGGAACAGAUGAAUGAAAUGCGCACAUAUAUGCUACAAUUGUUAACGGGGAUGAUUGCAAGGCCUGCUGCUUGA